UUUGGGACUUUUAAUUAUUUUCAGAGGACAGCAGAGGAUGGCCUUUAUUUCUGCUUUUUCACAUGUACUGUUUGUGGUACUUCUAAUUUUAAGAUUCACGCAGGGGCAGGAAAUGUGAGUCAUACUGCAUGUCACUGAAAAAAAUUAGCAUUAGCUUAGAUAGUUUUGUGCAGAAGCAAACACUUCACAUUUCUAUAGAGAGGCAGUUUGGAUCCGUGCAACUGAAUCUUCUGUGUCUAUAUUCGGUUGGAAAGUUGACACUGAAAACCAUGCUGGUGUGUGUCUGGCUGGUCAGCAGUCUGAUUCACAUGAUCUCAGGUUGUUCUUUAUAUGCGAGCACAGAGGUCACUGGGUACACAAGAGGCUCCGUGGUCCUGCCUUGCUACUGCACUGAGGGACAGCCAACACCAAACACUGCCAGAUGGAGUUUUUCUUCAGGUGUUUCCGAUAUCACGCUUUGGUCAUAUCCUAAUACAGUGAACGACCGAUUCAAAGACCGGGUGAAUAUUUCUGACACUCCAGGAAACCUGUCUCUCAGUCUCUCAGAUCUCACUCGGUCAGAUGGAGGUACAUACAGUUGUGAAGCAGAUGGACAACACAAAAACAUCAGACUGACAGUGAAAGGUUGUUCUCUAUCUGCGAGCACAGAGGUCACUGGGUACACAAGAGGCUCCGUGGUCCUGCCUUGCUACUGCACUAAGGGACAGCCAACACCAACCUCCACCAGAUGGGUUUUUUCUUCACGUGGUUCCGAUAUCAUGCUUUGGUCAUAUCCUAAUACAGUGAACGAUCGAUUCAAAGACCGGGUGAUUAUUUCUGACACUCCAGGAAACCUGUCUCUCAGUCUCUCAGGUCUCACUCGGUCAGAUGGGGGUACAUACAAUUGUGAAGCAGAUGGACAACACAGAAACAUCAGACUGACAGUGAAAGAAAUUGACAAUGGUGUCACAACCCAGUCUCCAGGCAUAACCAAGCACACAUCCACACGUGGAAGCAAGCCAACCUCAAAAACUGAGAUCUCUGAAGACCUGAAAAAGUCCAUCUUGUACGCGACUAUUGCUGCUGUUGUUGCCGCAGUCGCAGUGUGUGGGGCUGUGUUAUUUUACUGCAGAUUUAGAUCCAGGAAAAAUGCACAUGUGGAAUCCAGAGAAGAACAAGAGAUGAGGACCGGGGAGCAGGAGGAGGAGAAGAAUGCUGAUUCAGUGGCAUAUUCUACUGUUGUUUAUAGUAUAAAAGUGGAAAAAUACAAACAUCCAAAAUCAAAGUGAAAACUCUACAGAAUAUGCUGCCAUUAAAUUUGGAAUGUCAUCAUAUUUAUGGAAAUACACCUCGUACACACACAAACAGCAUUCACAUAUGCACACACAAAUGGUAAUGGUAAAUGGACUGCAUUUAUAUAGCGCUUUUAUCUAAAGUGCUUUACAAUAUUGAUGCCUCUCAUUCACCCUUUCACACACACACACUCACACCAACGGUGAAAGGCUGCCAUGCAAGACACCAAUCAACUCAUUGGGAGAAAUUAGGAGUUAGGUGUCUUGCUCAGGGACACUUCGACACACCCAGGCCUGGGGAUUGAACCGGCAACCCUCCGACUGCCAGACAACCGCUCUUACCUCCUGAGCUACGUCGCCCCCACACCAUCUGUAGCAAACAGAGCAGUUUGUAGCAAAGAGAUCAUUUAUUUUAAUGUAAACAAUGUGUUUGUAAAUCUCUUUUGUGAAUCAUGAAAAGUAUAUAGGAUCAGGAUAAAAUUAUAUAUUUUGUAUUUUGCAUCUCAGUACUUCUAGGUGCACUGCAUUAUAGCAUGAUGUUAGUUUAACUUGCAAAAACCUCUGAUUAUUAAUAAUCGUAAUGAUAAAAUUUUGCAUUAAAAAUGUAUGUGUAUUGA